CCUCGCCAUGGCUCGUACCAAGCAGACGGCCCGCAAGUCCACCGGCGGAAAGGCUCCCCGCAAGCAGCUGGCCACCAAGGCGGCCCGCAAGAGCGCGCCGGCCACGGGCGGCGUGAAGAAGCCGCACCGCUACCGGCCCGGCACCGUGGCGCUGCGCGAGAUCCGCCGCUACCAGAAGUCCACCGAGCUGCUGAUCCGCAAGCUGCCCUUCCAGCGCCUGGUGCGCGAGAUCGCGCAGGACUUCAAGACCGACCUGCGCUUCCAGAGCUCGGCCGUCAUGGCGCUGCAGGAGGCCUGCGAGGCCUACCUCGUGGGGCUCUUCGAGGACACCAACCUGUGCGCCAUCCACGCCAAGCGCGUCACCAUCAUGCCCAAGGACAUCCAGCUGGCCCGUCGCAUCCGGGGCGAGCGCGCCUAGAUUCCCUGUCCC